CCCUCCAAUGGACAUCAGUACUUCUCUUCCGGAGCUUUUAGACCCAUCGCUGUGGGUAUACAAGAGCGAAGGAAAUGCAAAUAUUGUGCUCUCUUAUGCGGGAUCGGACCCUAAAUAUGCUGGUAUCGUCCUCCGGGUCCGGAAGACGCAGAAUGAGCGAGGGAUAGUGUCAGAAGACGGCGAUAUUUUUAGUCUCGAGCAUGAACACGACUUUCAACGGCAUAUCAUCAGCAAGCUUAUCAAUAGCUGUUACAUUAGCCAAAUGCGUUUUUGUAGCAACUUAUAAGGGUGACUCCGACGUUUCUUAUUGCACUAUCAAAUUCGCUAUCAACUGUUCGCCCACCUUCGAGACAGCACAAGGACCUUGACACGUCUCAACCCUGGGCAGCACUAAUGUCGGAUCAUACUAUAGUACCUGAAUUACAGAUCAAUGACCGUGCCCAUGCGGAAAGUAAUCCUGAAACGCACGGCCUAGAGUCUAGCGAGAGUUUGCCCAAGGUCAUUGCAGUUGAAAUAAAGCCAAAGUGGGGAUUCCUGCCCGUUUCCCCGGUUAUCAAUCCGGCCCAUUCAGUCAAGUAUACAACUUGUCGAUAUUGCAUGCACCAGCAUUGGAAAGGCAGAAAACACGAACAUCAUAUACAGAGCAGCUUCUGUCCGCUGGACCUGUACUCCAAAGACCCCCAGCGCGUCAGAACAUCAUUGAAAUCCUUGCUUCGUUCUCCUCAAAAUAAUCUGAAGCUUUUCGUGGACGGGAUGCCAAUCAUGCUAGGCCAGGGACAGUCAAUCGAUAAAUCGUUCAGCGUUCUUGAGUCGUUCUUUCGACGCAUUGUCGGCGAAUCAGAAGCGCCAAAUGUCGCAGGCGUGGAUCAUUUGGUGGAUCUCUUGACGACAAUUAUUGUGUCGGAUUCAUUACUUCAGAUGUUGAAGUACCAUCAGCAGAAUUUGGAUCAAUACGACAUUGAAGGGAUUUUUCCUUGGUACGAUAAGCUCGAACUUGAUACGAAAUUGCAUGAUCCGUCAAUUGCGGAGUGGAAUGAGAUAGUGCAAACAUAUCUGAGACGAAUAUCUUCACCUGAUGCGGAGAUGCCUCGUGAUUGGGCGGAGUGUUCGCUAACAGAACAGCUGCAUUAUAUUUACGAGUUUGUGUUGUCAGCCACCCUGAAGGACUGCUCAGUGAUAAUUACGCUGUGGCCCGAAGCCGAAGAAGAUAGUUAUGGAAGGAUCCGUUGUGACCCUGGCGAAGGCGAAGGGACGAUUCAGCUUCCUAGUAGUACCCGCCUCCUGCGAUAUAAAAUUCGCAUCGUUGAUAUAGAUCCGAAGCGACUGGGAAAGAUACCGUCUUAUUUUGCGCUUGAUCAAAACAUUGUGAGGCAUUUUCGAACCCUUAAUGUCCACAAAGAUUGCUCGUUGCAGAGCUUUACUUUUCCUUAGUGGUUAAGCAUAGAGAUAUUGUAAUUAAAUAUAAUAAAAAAUCCUCGUGAAAACAA